UACAGCCUCAUCAACAAGGAAGUAAAAACAGGCGAGCAAAGUACCGAGAUGAAACUGUUAGCUGGGUUGUAACCGUAUAACUGUACUUGUAAAUGGACUGAUAAUAAUCUUGUUGGCUGUUGUUAGUAAGGUUUGAACUGUGGUGUCUGUCAGUUAUGAUAUAGGCGUAGUCACACCACUGCUGGCUUUGAAACCGAAGCAAUCCACAGAAGUAACUUGCUAACUAGGCUAAGCAAUGUCGUUAACCUGAACAGACCUACAUCGAUAAAACGGUAGUUAACAGGUCGAAGAUCAAGUCCGAUUAGUUUCACGGUAAUUUUACCACUAAGAUUAGGUUAGGGUUAGGACCACUUUUCGGGUAAAGCAUGAAUUUAAUGUUGUCAAUGAAAGUAAUCCUUUGUUUAUCCUUGACGCCGACUUGCUCUGCUGUGUUGCCUCUGGUUAUUAAUACGUGGCCUUUCCAGGAAGCAACGGCGAAAGCAUGGAGCACGCUCGGUUCUGGAGGCUCAACGCUGGACGCCGUGGAAAAGGGCUGCGCCCAGUGUGAAAUACAGCAGUGCGACGGCAGCGUUGGUUACGGAGGGAGCCCCGACGAGACGGGAGAGACCACGCUGGAUGCCAUGAUAAUGAAUGGUGACACAAUGGAUGUUGGAGCAGUUGGAUGCCUCAGGCGAAUUAAGAAUGCCAUUGGUGUGGCUAGGGCAGUGAUGGAACGGACCAAGCAUACGUUCCUGGUGGGAGAAUUGGCUUCUGCGUUUGCAGAAAAUAUGGGAUUCCCUGCUGAAGAUUUAACAACCAAUAACUCGCUUGGUAUUUUCACAAAAUGGCUGACGGACAACUGCCAGCCAAAUUACCGUCAGGAUGUUUCUCCAGACCCUUCUGAAUCCUGUGGUCCAUACAAGCCAAAGACUACGUUACAACAAAUUAAGGGACACCAGCUCAUCAAUAUCCAUGCCCAUGACACUAUUGGGAUGAUUGUGAUCAAUCAGGCUGGACAAGUGGCAGCCGGAACAUCGACUAAUGGAGCACGCCACAAGGUCCCGGGCCGUGUGGGGGAUUCGCCCAUCCCCGGAGCCGGUGCGUACGCUGACAGCACCGUGGGGGGGGCUGCUGCCACGGGAGACGGUGACAUUAUGAUGCGUUUCCUGCCAAGUUACCUGGCUGUGGAACAGAUGAGAGCAGGUGUAGACCCUUCCACUGCCUGUAAAACCGCCAUCGGCAGAAUCAAGCAGCACUUUCCAUACUUCUUUGGUGCCGUCAUCUGUGCAAACACCACGGGGAGUUACGGAGCUGCUUGUAACAAAAUUCCUGGAUUCUCCAAAUUUCCUUUUAUGGUGUCCAACCCGAAAUCCAACGUGCCCAUAAAGGAAACGGUGGAUUGCAUUUAAAGGUGCUGAAAUGACUUCAGAUAAUCUCAUUCCCUUCUGUCCAUACAAAGCCUGAUCUCUGAGACUGAAAUGUAUGGAUUUUUAAAGUGUAUUUUUAAUUGACUUUAGUAUUUGUGUUUGUGGGGGGAGACACAGAAUGUAAGAAUCGUGGAUACAAUCGUUUUGGAAUAGUGCUCAUUUAGUUUCUGGUUUGGAACCAUCUUUAAAUCAGCCAUUCAGUAGUGUUAAUUCAGCCAUUUUAAUGCUUUUUAAUCUGUAUAUCCAAACGAUUCAAAUGUUUCCAAAUGAUUCAUAUUAGUGCCUAACCUGCACUGUAUCUGCAAAAAUGCAUAUACGUAUGUAUGUCGGGCCAGUUGUGCAGACAAUUUAAGCCUAGUCCUAGACUAAUGUCAGUUUUCAAUGGAGAUUAUCCAUACAAAACUAAGCUUAGCCCUGUACUAAACUGAAUCUGUGCGGACACAAUAUGAUCUCCCCACAGAAUACAGCAAUUUCUUAAUAAAACAGAUAAAUAAAUGAGACCAGUGUGAGAAUUUGGAUGGUAAAAUGUACUUUUUAUUAUUUUUGAAUAGUAUCUGCAGUUGAAAUAAAAAACACUAUUCUACAAAA